AUGAAAUCUGUAAUUUGUUUCGUGUUAUUGGCUGUUGUGAGUGUGGCGCUCUGUGAUACCGUUCCACAUUCACGGGGGUGUAUAUACAUUAUGGGAAGGUGUGACAGAGAAUGUGAGGAGGGUACUCAAGCUUAUGCUCUUGGAUGUGGUUAUUUGACAAAGGAGGCGACAUGCGAUGAACCAAAUCCCCAACCAGACACGCGUGGGAAGAUUUGUGACUUUUCUGCUUGCUACUGCGCUCCUCCGACUGUCAGGGAUACUGUAACCAAGAAAUGUGUCCCACUUGAAGAAUGCACCAAAAAGGAAUAA